CAUCACUACAAGUUAAAACAUCCCCAUUUUGGAUGUCAUUCUCACUUCCCAUGUACAUACCUGCAUUGUCCAUGCACCUUUAAAACAUGGAAUGCCCUUAUUGUCCAUCAACAUAAAUUCCACAGCACAGGGGAUGACUUUGAAGUCUGCAACCCACUUGGUACCUCACGAAAGCAACACAAGCUUUGUGCCAUUUAUUGGGUUUUGGCAAACUUGCCUCCAGGAUCUCAUUCCUCCCUAUCAUCCAUCUACUUGUCAGUGCUGUGCAAAACCACAGAUAUUAAAACCUAUGGUUAUGACAAAAUAUUGGAACCUCUUCUACAAGAUCUGAAAAAUCUUGAGGAACAUGGUGUUUUUGUUCCACUGUUAGGAGAGUCGGUUAAAGGUACGGUCUUAAGUGUAGCUGCAGACAACCUUGGAGCACACAGUGUUGCAGGAUUUCAACAAAGUUUUUCUGUAGAACACUAUUGCAGAUUUUGCAUAGGGAACAGUAGUGAUAUUCAGCUGUAUUCUGUUGCAUCUGGUGCUUUCCCGCUGAGAAACAAGGAGCUUCACCAGGUCCAUGUCAAACAAGCUCAAGACACGGGUACAAGCUGUUGUGGAGUUAAAAGAGAAUGUGUCUUCUCAAAAAAUCUGUCCCACUUUCAUGUCAUAUUUGGUUAUUUGCCUGAUCUUGCCCACGAUGUUUUUGAGGGUAUAAUCCCAGUAGAGUUGGCACAUUGCUUGACAGUGCUUGUAUCAAAGAAGUUUUUCACGUUAGCUGACUUAAACAAUGCGAUUCUGAAGUUCCCCUAUCAAUGGGCAGAUAAGACAAGCAGGCCUCAUGUAAUGUCACAAACUUUCUCUAGCACAAAAACGGUUGGAGGAAAUGCACACGAAAACUGGAGCUUGCUCCGGUUCUUGCCUUUUUUAGUUGGAUCACUUGUGCCUGAGGAUGAGCCUGCGUGGCUUGUUCUCAUGGAUCUGAAGGAUAUCACAGAACUUGUUGUCUCCCCUGUGCAUAGCAAUGACUCACUGGCUUUUUUGGAAAGCAAAACCAUAGAGCAUAGACAGAGAUAUCAGGCACUGUUCCCUGACGUCAAGCUACUACCCAAACACCAUUAUUUGGAGCAUUAUCCCCAGAUGAUUAGGUUUUUUGGUCCACUUGUUGAGCAUUGGACAAUGCGUUUUGAGGCUAAGCAUAGUUUUUUUAAGCAGGUCAUCAGACACACAAGCUGCUUCAAAAAUGUACCUCUCUCAUUAGCCUUAAAGCAUCAGAUGAUGAUUGCUUACCAUCUGAGCUCCCCAUCUCUUGGCAAGUCUGAACUAGAGGUCUCAACUGUAACAACAUUUCCAGUCGAUUUGCUUAAAGAAGAGAUAGCUCAAGACAUUAGGCAUAGAUUCCCUGACAAAGUAGAGGUUGACCUUGCACAGUGUGUGACAAUAAAGGGCAUAACCUACAGGAAGGGAAUGGUACUGGCCCACAAGGCAGUAGGUGGAUUGCCAGGAUUCUGUGAAAUAAACCACAUCUGCAUUGUAAACCACAGCAUAUUCUACAUUGUCAGAGAGCUUGGUGGCUGGUACAGAGAGCAUUACAGAGCUUUUGAGCUCAACCCAGUAUCCGCAAGAAUGUUCACGCUUCUUUCACUCAGUGAACUCCUCGAUACUUAUCUGCUGGUUGACUACAAGAUUGGAUCAGUCCGCAUGGUGACUUUAAAAAGGCAUAUAGAAAUACAAGAUGUUGAUACAGGACGAGUGUGUGUCAUUAAGAGAGUGUCCAUCUACAUGGGAGAAGAUUCCGACCACCUCAUCCGAGAGUAUGUGGGUAUGGAUGAAGCUGCCAUCAAUGAGGCCAUUGAAGACAGCACUGUUGGAACUUAUCUUAUCAAGGAAGAAGCUUCAGCACAUGCACAAGAGGUUGGAGUUGUUCUUGAAGGCAUCAGGGUGAUGACUAACUUGGAUAAUAUAGCAUUUGCUGUGGUAAUGCUAUUUGGACUAAUAUAUGUGCUGAAUCUUGCAUAUCCUGCUGACCUUUGCUACACUUUUGAGGUGUUCCAGAAGAUGUUUAUGGAACUGGAUGGAGGUAAACUCUCCAACAAGGCGCUAGCUCUCAAAAACCGCCUCUUUGAAUGAGGCGUCAAAGAUCUUAAUUUUUUUUCAUUUUCUAUGCAGUUAUGUUGUGAUGCUCACGGUUUCUUUUCUUUUUUUUCUAUCUCUUUUCCUCAUGACUCCAUUGCUGGAUAAAAGUAUUUUCCUUUUUGUGUUCCAAUGUUUAGAAGAAAUGUUUGAGGGAUUGUAGAGAUAUGUUCUGGGUCAACCUUGAAGUAGCAGUAAGAAACCUUUUAUUAAAAAGAUGUUUUUUACAUAUUGUUUAAAAUGUCACUAAGUCAUUACAGUAUAACAUGAGACAGAUAAAUUGAAAAAAAAAUAAUUUCUGUCUUAUACUGAUGGCAUAGGGACCGUUUUUGCAAAUAUGUAAAAAACAUUUAUUAUAAAAUUUGCAUACUGCUGCUUUCAUGUCAUGUUAUGAAGAUUCACGUAGUUGUUCAACAAUGUCAUCUAAGUGUAAAAUAAUGCUAUUAUUCUAAAUGGCUAAUUACAAAAGGUGUAUUAGGAUGUGAAAUCCUUAGCUGCUUGCGUUUUUCUUAAUUUUAGCUGACAUUUUUUUAAACGGUACACACAUUCCAUGCGUUUCUCUUCAAAUUCAGUGUAAUGGGAAUUUUAGAAAUAUUUCAUACAAAAACAAGCUAUGCAUCUUUAAACCUGUUUAUUAAUAGAAGUUUGUUUCUAUUUUCAGGUAAGUCCUAAUUUAUUAUUAUUCCUUUUCAUUUUAAAAAUGUUAAAGGCAAAACUUUUGUAAAAGAUGAUAUCAUUUAUAGGCACUGUAGCUUUUAUUUUUUGCUAAGGCCAUUGUUCUUGUAAAAUGUUUACAAAUGUCUAAUAUUUAAAAUUGUUUUUGAGUUGUAUUUGCAUACAAGACUAAAAUCCCCAAAAGGUGUAAGAUGUUUUAUGGCUGUGAUUUUGGCUUGUUCAUGGCAGGUCUCUACUUUUGCUGAAGUUUUAAUAAAGGUGAA